AUGAUGGUACCUCGAGCAUUCAUUUUGUUAUGCUUGAUUUUUCUCCGAUACCUUCCAGUGUUAAUAUCAGCUGCCACCAUUACUCUUGAUUCCAUUGAGAUAUAUAAAACCCAUGAAUGGUUACCAUACAAACCUACAGUUUACUUUCUAUGUAAAGGGGAGAACAAAACUACUUUACCUGAUGUGAAGGAAAAGCAUGUCUUGUAUACCUUCAAAGGUGAAGAGUCUUGGCAGCCCCUAACAGAACUGCCAGAUAAGAAAUGCAAGCGCUGUGGGUUUUAUGAGCAAGACACCAUUAAGUCAGAUGAUGUAUUUGAUGAGUGGGAAUUCUGCGCAUCUGAUUUUACAAAGUCUGAUGGGAAAUAUAUUCAUUUGAAAGACAAAGAACUUAAUGCAACAUUUUUGUGUCCAGAAUGUGUACCUUUUGGAAAUGCUACAGACCAUUCCUCUACCUCCAAAAACAACUCAGAUGGAAUGCAUUGGGCUCUAAUUGUGCUUAUUAGUGCUGUAGUUUCAACAGUCUUCAUUGCUGGUUUGGUAACUGCAUUCAAGUAUUGGCAGAAAAGGAAGAGGCAACAAGAGCAGGCACGAUUCCUGAAACUGUUUGAAGAAGGUGAUGACAUUGAGGACGAAUUCGGCAUUGGCCCUCUUGAUGGUGUAGUUUGA